GUAUAACUGGAAAGGGUGCACUAUCCCACACAGGAGAUCGCUCUGUUGCAGCUGAAGAAAAGAAAGCAGCAGGUUAUCUAUAUUAUUUCUGCCAUGGAAGGAGGAGGAGUUAUACGGCAUUGGGUGGAAACGCCAGUACGUUAUCAAGAAUAUUUUGCCCAUCAAGAUUUGGAAGCAUGCAAGGGGAAUCACUCUCUCUAUGCCUUGCCAGGCCCUGCCACAGCUGCACAGACAAAGAAUAUGCAAGCAUGUAUUCUCGAAGGCGUUCACCCUCGCAAGCAAGCAACUGAAACACAGCAGAACAGCACACAUGAAGAAAAGUCCAAAUUCCAGGUCUUACUGGAUGUUGUGCAGUUCCGUCCAGAAGACAUUAUCAUCCAAACCUUUGAAGGCUGGCUGCUGGUCAAAGCUCAGCAUGGACCUAGGAUGGAUGAGCAUGGCUUCAUAGCCAGAAGCUUUACCCGACAAUACAAAUUGCCAGAUGGAGUUGAAACAAAAGAUCUCUCUGCACUCUUCUGCCAUGAUGGCAUUUUGGUGAUUGAAACCAAGACCUCUGGCAAGAAAUGAAUUUUUACUGGAGCCCUUACCAAAGUGAAGGAAAGUAAGCGGCAUGUAGAAGAAGGGAAAAUGGAGGUUCAGAAGGCUGA